AUGAAACGCGCCUCGUUAGAACUCAGCGAACCCAUGCGUAACAUUGAGGAGUCAAUCGGCUCUCCAGACCCCGACUCAGCCACAGAUGCCGUCGGUGACAGGUCUUUAGCCAUGACCGCCGAAGCCGAUGAACACGACGACGAAGACCUCGACACGGUAGACGCUCCUCGCACAUACACCCCACCCCCUCACAUUGCCGCCCGCUUCUACAGGCCGUCCCAGAACAGGCGGAAGGACUCGGCUGCGUCCUCGCGGCGCAACUCCAUCUCCUCGGCACACUCGCGCUCUUCCCACGGUUGUAGCCGACAGGCCGGCCCGCAGAGCAAGCACGUAGCCCAGCACCUCCGCCGCGCGUCGAUCCUCGAGGAUCGCAAGGCCCGGCUCGCUGACCGCGCCGCGCAUGCCGAAAAGGUGCGGCUGCGGGCGGCCAUGGCCAAGGCGGCGACCAAGGACACAUCCGUAAGCGAGGAGCGCGCACUCGCCGCACAGUUGACGCGCGAACGCAACCUUGCCGAGAUCGCCGCCACCUGCGCAGAGGAGGUCAAGCGGGCCAAGGCUGUGGCCGAGUCGAUGAAGGAGAAGCGGGAGCAGGAUCUACAGAAGCUCAAGUCACAGAUCGAGGAGCGUAUGGCCGAGGCGAGCAGGCGCCGCGAAGAGCUGCGGCGCAACGCCGCCAACAAGUCCUCUUCGGCAUCGUCUCCUUCGCGUGCCAGGGGCCAGAGCCAGAGCAUGGGUCCCAAUAGGAGGGCUACCAGAGCGCUUCCAGACGUCAAGGAGGAGUCUAAGGAACCAGAACGUCGCAUCCUGACGCCCGAGAUGGCGGCUGAUCAGAUACAGUGGUGGUGGAGGGCGACGAUGAGGCGCAGGAUCGUUUCGCAGUUCCAGGCUCUCGGCCUCACAAUCGACGGCGUUCGAGAGGCGACCUUUGAGCACAUAUCCGCGCUACUCGGGCAGGACUCGGUACUACUAAUCACUUCCAAGAUCCUCAGGAUUUGUGGCCUACAGGAAGGCGCUGUCGGGUCGGUCAGCGAGAUGGCGGCAGUCAGGACCUUCCUGAGCGCGUUCCUCAUCCUCGGCCACCCGGCCCAGGUUCUCAGCAACAAGGACGAUAAAGGGGAAAAGGAGCAGGUUGGGGCAGCUCUGGCCCAUCCCCUGUCUAAAGAUGACCUGGCUAACCCUCAGUUGCAGGAGCUCGUCGGGAAAGCGAGAGAUCUCUUGAUCUGCUUCGAAAACAUCCUACCACGGCUCACCUCAACGAACCGGCACAUGCCUCCCCCGACGCUGAGCGCCGAGCUCCCUGAGGCUUAUGCGUCCUUCUACAACGCAUUCAUAGCGUGGAAGGCGCGGGAUUCGGGCGCCCUCAUCGACGUGAUGCUCAUGCAGUUUGUCGAGCUCGACGCCAUCUGGCAGACGGUCAAGGACAGCACCGACCCGUCGGUGACGGAAUCCUAUCGCCAAAGCAUCCAGGACAACCAGCUUAUGCUGUUGGUCAGGAUCAAGCGGCUCGCUGGGGCCGAGCAGGGAAAGAAAUUGGUGUAUCAGGCUGUUCGGAAAGCCAGGAAGGCCAGGGCUGAAAGCAAGCCCGUCGGCGACACGAAACCUAGAGAGGCCGAUCACACCGUAGAAACUGCCAUGGGCGACCUUGGAACAGCCGAAGCAACAGCGCGGACAGAGGAUUCUGCGGUGAGCCCCGUGCCAUCUUCGCCGACCUCUGGUGUAGGCGAAGUUGUCCAAGUCGAGAUUCGUGUACCAAGGAAUCGUCUCCUGCCGGACAAUCGCGUUCUGACUCACGAGCUAGCGAUUGAUAAAAACUUUCGCCUCUCGGCUGAGGUGUAUAAGGAGCAGCGGGCGGCAUUUCUUGCUCCGCUCUUCCAGCAGAUGCGGGACACUAUGGAAGGCGAGGGGCAGCAGGAGCACUUCAUCUUGCUGUUAGAAGUGGCCAAGGAGAUUCGCGGCAAGCUACAACGCUUUGUACAGCCGGGCAAGUCUAUGCAUACGUUCAUCGGUGAGGUUCUCGACACCGAGGUGGCGUAUCAGCAAUUUCAAACGGGCAGCUUUUCCUACGAAAAGUUCUUUAACACCAUGGGUCAACUCCUGCCAAAGCUCUGUGCCCCAGUCCGCGACGAUGAAGUUAAGGAGCUUGUGGAACAGAAGCUAAGAAAUGGAAACUACGUCGACCGGCUAGAAGCCCUGAUGGGCUUUGUUGACGUCAUGUCCAGCGAUCACGCCAACUAUAUGUUGAGCCUUACUGCACCGACUAUCCUACAACGAUCGGCUGAGUAUGAAGCAAAGGCAUUUGCAGACGCUCUUGAGAUGAAGCAGCACGACCUGUCCGCAGCCAAGGCCGCAUGGCGCGCGACAAGGGGUAAGCUUCUAGCCGAGGCAGCCCGUCGUGACCCUGAGGGCAUCAAUCACCCGGCCUCCAGGCCGACUCCAGACAAGAUAUAUGCGCAGAUGCUCGUUGAUAUUUUCACGAGACUGGGCCAGCCAGUGGCCUUGGAGGAAAUGCCCGAAAUGCUAAGGCUGGACCAUAACCGGGCGGUAAGGUGCGGGGCGCUGACCAGGCGGAUCGUGACGGCCGGCGCUAUCCUCCUGCAGUGCAAGAACCUACUCAAGCGCGAUGUUCGCAUGCCCUGGCGAGCCGAAGCCGGAAGGCUCAUGACUGUCCUGGAAGCGGCCGACGAUAGAAGACUGAGCAGUGACGGCAGCGAGGACGGCGACCAGGCUGUGGUUGUGGAUGGUGUCAUGGCUGCGCUUGAGGCCGGGCGUUGCAUGCCCGAGGCGACCAAGGCGAACCUCCGGGCACUGGUGGCCAAGAUUACGGCUGCUAGUCGCGACGUUGUCAGUAGCAGCAGCAGAGGACCGGAUCCCACGGAGCCCGUCCUCAGGCUGCUCUUGAACCGACUCCGAGGCCACAUCUUUGCGCGCAUAGCGUCGGCCUCGGCGAGCGAGAAGGUCCGCACGGCCAGCACAGCGGGCGAGAAGCUUGCCGGCCUUGGACUGGCCGAGUUUGUCGAUAAGGUCAGGGAGAUGGUUGACGAGAUUGGGCGGGUCGGCACAGUCGACCGUGAGGCGCAUUCCGUCUGGUGGGAAGCAGUUGCGGCAGAGGUCGAGAAGGAGGAUCAAGCUGGUGCUGCUGCGGCUGCUUCACCUUCGAGCUCUGCGCAAUCACCUACGAAAGUUUGA